GCCUGUUCUCCUCUGACCGCGCCAAACCUUCCCCGCCGGCCUAGUCAAACUCACCUGCCGCUGCACAAACGCAAAACCAUCCCAAUUCAAUUCCCCUCCAUUUCCACGCAAAAUUCCAGCAAAAGCAAAGCCCACCAGAAUGCCGCGUCUCCUCGCCCUCCUCGCGGCCGCCGCCCUCUUCCUCCUCCUCCCCCUUGCCGCCGGCCAGCGAUUCCGCGGCUUCUCCUACCUCCUCGACUGCGGCGCCCCGUCCCCCACCACAGACCGCCGCGGCCUCAGCUGGAACCCCGACGGCCCUUACGUCUCCGCCGGCACCCCUCGCGAGCUCCCAGUCCAGGGCCUCCUCGACCCCACCCUCGGCACCCUCCGCGCCUUCCCGCACCGCCCCGCCGCCAAGUUCUGCUACACGCUCCCCGUCGACCGCAACCGCCGCUACCUCCUCCGCCCCACCUUCUUCUACGGCUCCUCCUCGCCGCCGCCGCCCGUGUUCGACCUCAUCGUGGACGGCACCUUCUGGACCGCUGUCGACACCACCGCCGACAGCCUGGCCGGCAGCGCGUCGCACUACGAGGCCGUGUUCCCGGCCAGGGGCAGGAGCAUGACCUUCUGCCUGGGCGUGAACCCCAACUACACCGACUCCGGCCCGUUCAUCAACGCUCUGCAGGUGAUCCAGCUUGAUGAUUCGGUUUACAACGCGACGGAUUUCGGGAGAAGCGCGAUGGGCCUCAUUGCACGGACCAAGUUUGGCUCCACUGGCGACGUUGAGAGGUACCCUGAUGACAGUUUUGACCGCUAUUGGCAGCCAUUUUCAGACAGCAAACAUGCAGUCAGUAGUACCCAUAAUGUUACAUCAGCUGAUUUCUGGAAUCUUCCUCCUCCCGAUGUGUUUAAUACAGCUUUGGUAGCAAAACAAAAUGCACCCUUGGUGUUGCAAUGGCCUCCAAUGCCUCUCCAAAAUGAUAGCUAUUACGUCGCCCUUUAUUUUGCUGAUACAUUAGCUGAUAGUUCGAGGACCUUUGAUGUGUAUAUAAAUGAUUACAGCUUUUUCAAAGAUCUACCAGUAACAUCAGCUGGACUUUCUGUCUUUGCAACACAAUGGAUUCUCUCAGGUCUGACCAGAGUUAUAUUGACUUCUAGUUCUGUUCUUCCACCACUUAUCAAUGCUGGCGAAGUCUUUGGACUUUUUCCCAUUGGAAAAUUGACAAUUACACGAGAUGCACUUGCUCUGGAGAGUGUGAAGAGAAACCUUCAAAACAUACCCGAUGAUUGGAUUGGAGAUCCAUGUAUGCCUCGUGGAUAUGCUUGGACUGGAGUUACAUGUGAUGAAGGGGAAUUUAUACGUAUCGUCUCAUUGAACUUUUCAAGUAUGGGCAUCUCUGGAUCUCUUUCACCUGACAUUGCAAACCUGACCGCGCUUACUAACAUAUCUUUUGCAAACAAUAGCUUGUCUGGACCUAUUCCUGAUCUCAGCAAACUGAACAAACUCCAAAGAUUGCACCUGUACGAUAACAAGUUGAAUGGAACGAUACCCCAGACAUUGGGGACAAUUCAGGUCUUGCGUGAACUCAUUCAGAGUUAGUGAUGUUCGGUUCUGACGUCUGUGCCUGCUUUACUCGAUUGGUGUGACGGAUCUGGUGGCCCCCAUGGCAGUUCAGUCUGGCCCUUGGCUCCGGCUCAGCUUCCUUCACUGGUCAGAGGUGGCUACAUGGGUAGCAGCUCUUGAUCAUGGUCGAGGGGGAACAGGCCUCAACAGCCUAGGAUGGCUUGGUGGUCGUGGGUCAUCUGCAGUAUUUUCCAUAAGGAGCUAUUUUAUUCUCACUGAUAAGUGCCCUACUUGACCAAUCCUUGAUAAUACAGCCUGUAGUUAAAGAUUGCCCUAAAUUAAGGUCAUGUGUUGGUGUGGUGGACAUCACACGCUGGUACACUUCCACCUCCAUGUAGGUUUCUUGCUACAAUAUUCUAUGACAGGCAUCUCCUUUGUCAUGUUUCAUAUCUAUUCUCUGUUAGCUUCUUGCUGUCUAUUUUGUUUUAUCCAAAAAGUAUUCCAAGCCACAAACCUUUUUCUUUGUUGACCCAUAAUGGUUUCUUUUCACUUUUAAGAUGUAACUACCCCUUGGGCAAUAAUCAGUACUCCUACUUGGGAUGUAUUUGGUUAACUUCGGCCCUGAGUAGCCCGUUACUAGACCUGGACAUGGGUGACCCAGACUGAAGCCCAACUGUUAGAAUUAAUCUUGAGUAUGAGUUCUACUAGGAUUAGGUGAGUUUGUGAGUUGUAAUCAGGUUAGUUUCUUGGUUAAGCUAGCCUGCGUGUUGGAAUCCUUGUGUGAUUAGGAUUGGAGUUAGUCACGUGUGAGUACUAGUGCGUGUCUGUUAAGGUGUUUGUUCUGACCAGCGCUCUGUAUCUAUACAUGCACAUAUGGCUAGGUUGUAACGUGUGUUUUGAGUUGAUAAGAGAAAUAAAGAAAAGAGAGGCACGACAGGUGCCUCUGGCCAAAUAAAAUUCCGAUCGCGUGCGUCUUCAUGUGAUUGAUCUUUGGGCAAACCCAACAUUUGGUAUCAGAGCGGGGUUCAAGAUGAAGACGCGCUUGCCUCGGGGAGGCGAUGUGCUAGCGCCUCGGGGCGGGCAAUCAGCGGCGGAGUGGUGUCCGCGGAUAAGAGCGGGCAAACAGUGGCAGUGCGCGAAGAGGUGUUCAGCGGAUUGGAUCGGGCAAUCGGUGGCUGUGCAGUGGAGUGACGUUCAGCAGAUCAGAUAGGACUAUCGUCGCAGUGGAACGAUCUCCUAGUAACGGGAGAUCAUCCUGAUCGUCGGAAAGUACUCGACAUCGGGUCAAGCUGCGUAUGUACGUCCAGGUCAGCGUCUGUGAGUCGUGGUUGUGUCAAGUGUUCGCUGGUGUGAGGCUCUGUUGCAGUGGAAGCAUGUCACGGUUGAAGGGCUGUCCGGUGAGAUGUAUCACUGAGGGCGAAGACGUGCGUGCAGACAAGGUGGCGGGUGGUCAUAUGUGUGUCUCGGCAAGAAGAUGGAAGCUCAAGAGUAUUGUGAGGCGGUGUACCAGUGAAGGUGAGUCUCUUCAAUGAGGCCAUGUCUCUACGUGGAGCUAUGGGUUUAGCUAGCACGUAUUGCGCUAGGAGUGUACGGUGUAGUGCACAGGGUUAGCGUGGCUGGGAGUCAAGACCAUGCGUUGAGCUGAUUCGACAAGUCGUGAACCUGCAGAGAGUCAAGAUCAGGGGGAGCACAGAAGACAAGUCAAGAUUAGGGGGAGAUUGUUAGAAUUAAUCUUGAGUAUGAGUUCUACUAGUAUUAGGUCAGUUUGUGAGUUGUAAUCAGGUUAGUUUCUUGGUUAAGCUAGCCUGCGUGUUGGAGUCCUUGUGUGAUUAGGAUUGGAGUUAGUCACGUGUGAGUACUAGUACAUGUCUGUUUAGGUGUUCGUUCUGACCAGCGGUGUGUGUAUAUACAUGCACAUACGGCUAGGUUGUAACGUGUGUUUUGAGUUGAUAAGAGAAAUAAAGAAAAGAGCUCUGGCCAAAUAAAA